AAUAUUAGAAAAUUAUAUUAAAGUGGGAACCAUGUCUCCACCAAAACAAUCUUUUUAUGCGUUUAUUCACAAACGCUAUAAGGUUUAGUCAAAAUCCAAUUGCCUUACCUUAAGCUUCUAAGGCAGAUGAGUAUAAUGAGAUUGAUACAAGUUGGGAUUUUCGUAUUUAUAAUUGUCCAAUUGGUUCAUUGCAAGGCUGACACUGAUAGUGCGAUUAGCAGUGACGAAUACGAUACUGAAUCUGGGAAAUUGUGUGUUCAUAGUUUAGCACCUCUUAAGAAGAAGCAUUUUUAUGAAAAUAUCCCUGGAGCAAAGAUUUUAGAAAAAGCUGUUAAGAAUUUGGUGAGCACUCCAAAUGAGACCGUUUCAUUCUACUUGUAUAAGCGAGACUUUCCAACGUGUGCUCAGGAGAUUCGAAUCGAUGAUGAUUCGUUGCAAAAUUCCUCAUUUGAUGCAAGACAUCCCACAAGAAUCAUUAUUAAUGGCUGGAUGAGCUCAAGUCAAAAUCGCUUCAUUAAAAGUGUAUCAAGUGCUUAUUUUAGUCUUGGAGACUUUAAUAUAAUUGUUGUGGAUUGGAGUUCAAUGUCCCACAACAUAAACUACUACAAAGUAGUAAAACUCAUUGAUAAAGUUGGUGGACAUGUGGCAGAUUUGGCCAAACAUUUGCACAAUACUUUCCAGGUGGAUUAUGAUAACAUAUAUUUAAUCGGACACAGUUUGGGUGCCCAAAUAGCUGGUAGUGCUGGCAGACAAAUUUAUCCUGACAAAUUUAAUACAAUUUUUGCUCUCGAUCCCGCUGGGCCGUCUUUCAAAAAGAGGAGUAUUGAAGAACGACUUGACUCAAGUGAUGCCAAAUAUGUUGAAUCCAUUCAGACGAGUGAGAACUUGGGCUUCCAAGAGCCUUCGGGGCACGCAACUUUCUAUCCCAACAAAGGAACAUAUCAGUAUUGUAUUGGUCUUGGGUGUUCGCAUAGAAGGGCCUAUAAGUAUUUUGCCGAGUCUAUAAAUUCUACUGCUGGAUUUUGGGGAGUACUCUGUGAUAGAGAACAGAUGAAGGAAGGCGAUUGUCCCGAAGGAUUGAAUCAGUACAAAAUGGGUGGUGAGCCAUCAACUCCUAAAGUUGGAAUAUUUUAUGUGAAAACCAAUAAUAAAUCUCCGUAUGCCAGGGGCCAUUCGUAUAUGUCUGCUUAAAAGUUGUGAUUUUCAAUUUUGUUUUGUGAAUAAAGAAGUGCUAUAAAUCAUAAGGUAAAAUAUAAUUUCAAUUUC